AUGUUCACCCCAUGGAUCCGAAUCGCUCUUUUCAUAACGGCAGUUCUUGGUGGCCUUUUCUUUACAAUUGGGAUUUUUGCACCCGGAUGGGAAAUAACACAUCAGGGGAUGACACUAAAAGGAAUUUGGUUUAUUCUUGCAUGUGGAAAAAAGUCGAGCAGUUGUGAAUAUCUCACGUAUUUAGAGAAAUACAAUCAAGACAAAGGUAGUUCACAUUUUUCAUGGGUAAAUGAAUAUGAAUAUAGUACGGCAGUAGGUAACCAGGUUCUCGCCAUUAUCGCUCUCCUGUCGCUGUACCUCGGACUUUUCAUGUCCCUUGUCGUCACUGGGGUCCAGCGCCUGGCUAAUAUUGCAGCCUUUUUAUCCGCACCUUGCUUUCUUACAUCAGCCGCCCUAAUAUGGACUCACAUCGGCCAAGAGGCCGCUGCUAUUAGUGCAAAGAAUCGAAUCCACGUCCUAGAGGUGAGCCCAGAGCACCAGCUAACACCAUAUUCAAUGGUGUUGUGUGGAUUUGGAUCCGCCAUGACAGUGGGAGUGGCCCUUGCGUAUCUCAUUGCUUCUGUGAAAUAUCUUAUGCGAAUUCCAAUUGAGAAAUAUCAGCAAUUUUGA